AUGUCUGGUAACACUAAUUCUGACAUACUGAUUGCCGGCGCAAUAGCAGCUUUUACAGUCGAUCUGCUCGUAUACCCACUAGACACCAUCAAGACACGCAUCCAAUCGUCCAACUAUGCAAAAGUGUACACCAACAGCGCAACCGGAAAGCCAAACCCAUUGCUGUUUCGCGGUGUGUACCAAGGCAUCGGAAGUGUAAUAAUAGCUACACUACCAUCUUCAGGAGCAUUCUUUACAACUUACGAGCGCACAAAGUCUCUCUUCACUACCCUAAACACCACUUCAUCUUCCCCUAAUGGCGUCCUACCCAUCGCCCUCAUUCAUGCCGGCGCCUCCUCUCUUGCAGAAUUAGUAUCCUGCGCCAUUCUAACUCCUGCCGAAGUGAUUAAGCAAAACGCACAAAUGGUAGACACUUCCACUUCAAACACUACUGCCUCCAACGCUACCAUUCAAACUUUGAAGAAAUUCCGCUCGAAUCCGCUAGCUCUGUGGCGCGGAUAUACUGCACUUGCGGGUCGCAAUCUUCCGUUUACAGCGAUGCAGUUUCCUAUGUUUGAGAGUCUUAAGGGCAUGAUCAGACAGUGGAGGGACGAGAGGGGAUUGACGAAGGGAGGGAUAGUGGAGAGUGGGUGGAUCACAGCCGUGAGUGCGGGUAGUGCGGGUGCGGUGGCGGCGGUGAUUACUACGCCUAUCGAUGUGGUCAAGACGCGUAUUAUGCUGAGUGCCGGGAAUGAGAGUCCUCCAUCUGCAUCAGCUUCGCCGUCGUCCUCAUCAUCGUUGAAGGAGACUAAAGGAGGUCUGGUGGAUGCAUUAGGUAAUAUGCGCAAACAAGAAAGCAAAGCGCGGAGAAGUGGGUGGGCCGUUGGAAAAGAGAUUGUACAAAAGAAAGGAGUGAAGGGAUUGUGGAGGGGCGGUGCGUUGAGGGCGGUCUGGACGUUUGUAGGGGCUGGGCUGUACUUGGGAGCGUAUGAGAGCGGGAGGGUGUUUCUGGCCAAGAGGAGGGGGGAGAGUGUUGAUGAGGACGACUUGGUAUAA